AUGGCAUUUCAUUUCAUCUUCUGUCUCUUUGCUCCAAUCUUGUUCGUUCCCCUCUUCCCUUAUCUUCGUAAUCUCUUCAAAUCCAAUCGCCGGCGACCACCGCUCCCUCCCGGAACUCUAGGUUGGCCUUACAUCGGUGAAACCUUCCACCUAUACUCCAAAAACCCAAACAUCUUCUUUGCUUCCAAGCAACAAAGGUACGGUUCCAUAUUCAAGACACACAUACUAGGCUGUCCUUGUGUGAUGAUUUCCAGCCCCGAGGCUGCGAAAUUCGUGCUGCUCACCAAAUCUCAUGUCUUCCACCCGGCAUUCCCCGCAAGUAAAGAGAGGAUGUUAGGGAAACAAGCCAUCUUUUUCAGCCGAGGACAGUACCAUGCCAAGCUGAGGAAGCUUGUUCUUCGUGCCUUCAUGCCCCACGCCUUCAAAUCCUACAUCCCCAACUUCGAAUCCAUCGCCCAACAUUUCCUCCACUCAUCGGAAGGAAUCCUCGUAACCACUUUCCAUGAAAUGAAAACAUACACAUUCAAUGUUGCGCUGCUGUCGAUAUUUGGAAAGGAUCGAGUGGUUUACAGUGAAGAUUUGAAAAGGUGGUAUUACGUUCUUGAGAAAGGGUACAAUUCCAUGCCCAUUGAUCUUCCCGGUACACUUUUCAACAAAUCGAUGAAAGCCAGGAAGGAGAUUGCUCGGAUUGUAGAGAAAAUCAUGUCAACCAGGAGGAAAAUGAAGGCGGAUUGGAAUGACUUACUCGAGUCUUUCAUGAGUGACGAAGAAGGCCUCACCGACGAGCAAAUCACCGAUAACAUCAUCGGCGUAAUCUUUGCUGCUCGUGACACCACCGCCAGCGUACUCACGUGGAUAAUUAAGUAUCUCGAAGAAAAUCCCGGCGUUCUUCAAGCCGUCACUGAGGAACAAGAGGCCAUAAUGAGAGGUAAAGAAGAGCAAAAACUGAGUUGGGAAGACACAAAGAAGAUGCCGAUAACGUCGAGGGUGAUUCAGGAAACACUCAGGGUUGCUUCCAUUUUAUCUUUUACCUUCAGAGAAGCUAUUGAAGAUGUUGAAUAUGAUGGGUAUCUUAUACCAAAGGGAUGGAAAGUACUACCACUUUUUAGAAACAUUCACCACAGCCCAGACAUCUUUCCAGAUCCUGAAAAGUUUGAUCCUUCAAGAUUCGAGGUGGCUCCCAAACCCAAUACAUUUAUGCCAUUUGGAAAUGGGACCCACUCAUGUCCAGGGAAUGAGUUGGCCAAGCUAGAAAUGAUGGUCCUCCUCCAUCACCUGACCACAAAGUACAGGUGGCAUGUGGUGGGUAGUAACAGUGGGAUACAGUAUGAUCCUUUUGCUGUUCCCCAGAAUGGUUUGCCCAUCAGAUUAUUCAGAAAGUGAUAAUUAUAGCAUCAUUCCUCACCUCAAGGACCAAUUAGGAAUUACUU